GGUUUUCGCGCGAAAAGUGCACUUUCUCUUCUCCAGCGUGCGUGGUAACAUUAGUUAAGAGGAGACUGAAGAGAUUUUAGAAACAAUUUUAUAUUUCAGUACUAAUCCAGUGAAAAGAUGGAUCUUGCACAGCCGACUCAGGAGAAUGCGGGACAGAUGGUGAAAGACGAGUUGGCAGAGAAAUGCCAGAAGCUUUUCCAGGCUUUCUUAGAAGAGUGAGCGACAUUAUGUUAUUGUUCUUCUUGGUACUUAACGUUAGCUAACUGGUAGCUUAUAGCUAGCUAAUAGCUAUUGGAUAGCUAGCAAAACUUUAACAUAGAGAGACAACAAUGUUAUGUCUAGAUUUACUAUAUUAAUCAGUGUGCUACAGCAGUGGUUCCCAAACUAUAUAUACAUUAUAUUAUAUAUAUUAAAUAGAAUAAUAUUCCGACAUAUAUGUGUGUUUCUAUUUUUUUAGGGAACUCAGUCCGGCUUUAAACUUACUCUUAAAAGUUGUAAUAGUAGAAUGCACAAGGUGCAAUAUCGAAAUUGGGUAAUUUAGUGCAUCAUCAGUUCCUCAUGUCAUGUUAGUCAUUGCAUACCUAAGAGAGCUAUUUAUAACAGAAAUGUCCAAAUCAACUAGCCCAUGUCAGCUAACGUUUUUAAAUUUAGUUUUUUUAGCCCAUAGAUAUUGUUGUAAUUUUUUAGUCACUCAAAAAUCACAUUAAUACACAUUAGACAUGGCAAAAUGUAUAGAAUUGCAAGAAAAGUAGCUUUAAAACAGGAAGAUUCUCUCCACCAACAAAAGGGGUGUGAACAGUUUGAAGCCCCGUGUAGCUCAGCGCCAGGUUGGGGGUUCGAUCCCCACGGGGGGCCAAUAUGAAGAAAAAAAAUGUAUGCACUCACUAAACUGUAAGUCACUCUGGAUAAGAGCGUCUGCUAAAUGACUAAAAUGUAAAUGUCAUGGGGGGGGGGGCUAAUCAAGGUAAUUGAGGUAAUAUGUACAUGUGGGCAGAGUUAAAGUGACUAUGCAUAAAUAAUAAACAGAGUAGCAGCAGCAUAAAAGAGGGGGAUGGGGUGGGGGAAAACACACAUAAUAGUACAGUUGGUUAGAGGGCUGUAAAACGGCAGCCAUCUUCUCCGGCGCCACUCUUAUAUUUGUUGUAUUUGUGUGUGUGUGUAGGUACCAGACAUCAGACGGUGAGGUGAAGUAUGUCCAUGAUGCUGAGGAGCUGAUCAGGCCUGAGAGAAACACUCUGUUGGUCUCCUUCACUGAUCUGGAAGGAUUUAACCAGGAACUGGCAACCACCAUCCAGGAGGAGUUCUACAGGUAGUUACAGAUCUAGGAUCAGAUUUUCCUUCUCUAAACCUAUCAGAAGAGGCGAGACACUCUAUCCAUAAAAAAGGCAUUUAUUUUAAAUCCAUAAAAAACUGUGUGACAUUUCGGUCAUAGACCUUCAUAAGACCUUCCCAAACUCUAAAGCUCAGUUCAGAUACAACAGCUGAGAGGAGACGAGACGGUUUUAUGCAGUUUUAGAACAAAGUUUGCUUGAUCUGAACGGUCUAGUUUUAGAACGUUUCAUGUCGGCUGCGGAAGUUUCCAAGAUUCAACAUGUCAAAUCUUAUCUCAUGACUUGUGAUGAGAUGGAUCCGUUUAGCCAAUCAAAGAACAGUGCGCUGACGUUCUGUGUGUAGCCAAGCAGCUAGCUAGCUAGCUAUUUUGCUGCAGUUGAGCUACGCUAGCUUGCAGAUAUUUAUCUGACAAGUCACAAAGUAUGCCCUGUUUCUGGUGCAUGCAUUUAAUGAUACCUGUUUGCUACAACACCUUGCUACAACAAGUGGCAAUUUUGUAUCACGUCAUUGUAAAGAGACACCGUAAACGGUCUCAACCACCUGUCUUUUUUAUCUUAAUGCCCCAUCUUUAGUCAGCUGUUCUACAACACAAAAUUCUAAAACUGGCUAGUUUUGUCUCGUCUUUCCUUUUGUCGGCUAAUGUGUAUCUGAAUCGACCUUAACAGAGCACUUAGAACCUUCCUAGAACUUUGAGUGUUAGCUCGUGUUAUUGAUGGUCUUAACAUUACUCUGUCCAGCUAACAAACUCUUUCUCCUUUUGUUUCUCCUUCCAUCUCUCCUUCUCUCCAGAGUAUAUCCCUUCCUCUGUCGUGCGGUGAGGAACUUUGCUAGGGAUCAUGGGAAUGUCCCUGUGAAUAAGGAGUUCUAUUUGGCCAUCCAGGACCUGCCCACCAGACACAAGUAAGACACAUACCUGACAGAAGUUACAAGUCACACAAAUAGUGUUCUGACAGGUUCUGUUGUGUAAGAUGUUUUGUGUGUGAUCUAACAGUCCUUGUUUUGUGUUAUAGGAUCCGUGAGCUGUCCUCCCUGCGUAUUGGUUCUCUGGUGCGCAUCAGUGCUCAGGUGGUGAGGACACACCCUGUACACCCAGAACUGGUGAGUUGCACACACCGUAUACCCUAGUAUAGAGCUAGUUAGUAUUGAGGAUAGUUAAUGACGGCCCCAGUGCAGAUAUGAUUCCUGAACAAUCUUUAGCUGUGUGACAUCUGUGUCUGAUCCUCUCUGUUCUGUGUCCUUCAGGUGAGUGGGACAUUCCUGUGUCUGGACUGCCAGGGGGUGUGUCCGGACGUGCCCCAGCAGUUCAAGUACGCCCCGCCCACCGUCUGCAGGAACCCCGUCUGCAGCAACCGCGCUCGCUUCCACCUCGACACACACCGCUCCAAAUUCAUUGACUUCCAGAAGGUAGGAUGGCACGCGUGUGUGUGAUUGUGUUUGUUGUCUGUUCUGACACUUCUGUGUGUCUUACGCUCGUGUCUUAACCGCUGUGUGUAGGUACGUAUCCAGGAGACCCAGGCAGAGCUGCCCAGAGGGUCCAUCCCGCGCUCCCUAGAGGUGAUUCUGAGGGCUGAGGCUGUAGAGACGGCCCAGGCCGGAGACCGCUGUGACAUCACUGGCUCACUCAUAGUGGUGCCCGACGUCUCCCAGCUCAGCACCGCAGGUAUGUACACACGCUGAUACACAUGACACGUACACAGUAUUCACACUGGUAUGACACAUUUCCCAUCUCUCACUCUCUCUCUCUUUCUAGGUGUGCGGGCGGAGACCAGUUCCCGUGUAGGAGGGAGACAGGGUUAUGAGAACGAGGGUCUUCGCGGUCUUAAAGCCCUGGGAGUCAGAGAGCUGUCCUACAGACUGGCCUUCCUCGCCUGCCAUGUGGCUCCUACCAACCCUAGGGUACGACACGCUCACUCAAACCUCGAGACACACACAAACAGAUGCUCAUCCAAUACUGGAGACACACACCCACAUACACACUACCUCAGGUAACAAACUAGUAUACAUAUUAUGCAUGCAUGUACGACAUUUGUUUGAAGGGAGUUGUAAUCGUGUGUAUAGUUUGGAGGGAAGGAGCUGCGUGAUGAGGAUCAGACAGCGGAGAGCAUCAAGAGCCAGAUGUCAGUUCAGGAGUGGGAAAAGGUGUUUGAGAUGAGCCAAGACAAGAACCUCUACCACAACCUCGGCACCAGCCUCUUUCCCACCAUACACGGUCAGUACUACACUAUUACUACAAACACAGCCUUUGCAUGUGGUUUUCUGUGUGUGUGUAUCUGUAUAAUGUGUGUGUGUAAUAAAUGUAUAACGUGUGUGUGUGUGUGUGUAAAAUGUGUGUUUGUGUGUGUAAAAUGUGUGUUUGUGUGUGUAGGUAAUGACGAGGUGAAGCGCGGUAUCCUGUUGAUGUUGUUCGGGGGUGUUCCUAAGACCACCAUGGAGGGAACAUCUCUCAGAGGAGAUGUAAACGUCUGCAUCGUAGGAGACCCCUCUACCGCCAAGAGCCAGUUCCUCAAGUAAGACCCUUACACCCUAUACACACUAUACACUCCACAUUACCUACUUACAUGUAGGAGACUCCUCUGUCAAAACUCCCUCCACCCUAUAGCCUACACACUUACACAACGACAUACAGUUGAAGUCGGAGGUUUACCUACACCUUAGCCAAAUACAUUUAAACUCAGUUUUUCACAAUUCCUGACAUUUAAUCCUAGUAAAAAUUCCCUGUCUUAGGUCAGUUAGGAUCACCACUUUAUUUUAAGAAUGUGAAAUGUCAGAAUAAUAGUAGAGAGAAUGAUUUAUUUCAGCUUUUAUUUCUUUCAUCACAUUCCCAGUGGGUCAGAAGUUUACAUACACUCAAUUAGUAUUUGGUAGCAUUGCCUUUAAAUUGUUUAACUUGGGUCAAACGUUUCAGGUAGCCUUCCACAAGCUUCCCAUAAUAAGUUGAGUGAUUUUUGUCCCAUUCCUCCUGACAGAGCUGGUGUAACUGAGUCAGGUUUGUCGGACUCCUUGCUCGCACACGCUUUUUCAGUUCUGCCCACACAUUUUCUAUAGGAUUGAGGUCAGGGAUUUGUGAUGGCCAUUCCAAUACCUUGACUUUGUUGUCCUUAAGCCAUUUUGCCACAACUUUGGAAGUAUGCUUGGGGUCAAUGUCCAUUUGGAAGACCCAUUUGCGACCAAGCUUUAACUUCCUGACUGAUGUCUUGAGAUGUUGCUUCAAUAUAUCCACAUAAUUUUCCUUCCUCAUGAUGCCAUCUAUUUUGUGAAGUGCACCAGUCCCUCCUGCAGCAAAGCACCCCCACAUCAUGAUGCUGCCACCCCCGUGCUUCACGGUUGGGAUGGCGUUCUUCGGCUAGCAAGGUCUCCCUUUUUCCUCUAAACAUAACGAUGGUCAUUAUGGCCAAACAGUUCUAUUUUUGUUUCAUCAGACCAGAGGACAUUUCUCCAAAAAGUACGAUCUUUGUCCCCAUGUGCAGUUGCAAACCGUAGUCUGGCUUUUUUAUGGCGGUUUUGGAGCAGUGGCUUCUUCCUUGCUGAGCGGCCUUUCAGGUUAUGUCGAUAUAUAGGACUUGUUUAUUCUGGGAUUGAUUUGCACUUUUCGCACCAAAGUACGUUCAUCUCUAGGAGACAGAAUGCGUCUCCUUCCUGAGUGGUAUGACAGCUGCGUGGUCCAAUGGUGUUUAUACUUGUGUACUGUUGUUUGUACAGAUGAACGUGGUACCUUCAGGCGUUUGGAAAUUGCUCCCAAGGAUGAACCAGACUUGUGGAGGUCUACAACAUUUUUUCUGAGGUCUUGGCUGAUUUUCCCAUGAUGUCAGGCAAAGAGGCACUGAGUUUGAAUGUUGGCCUUGAAAUACAUCCAGAGGUACACCUCCAAUUGACUCAAAUGAUGUCAAUUAGCCUAUCAGAUGCUUCUGAAGCCAUGACAUAAUUUUCUGGAAUUUGCCAAGCUGUUUAAAGGCACAGUCAACUUAGUGUAUGUAAACUUCUGACCCACUGGAAUUGUGAUACAGUGAAUUAUAAGUGAAAUAAUCUGUCUGUAAACAAUUGUUGGAAAAAUGACUUGUGUCAUGCACAAAGUAGAUGUCCUAACCGACUUACCAAAACUAUAUUUUGUUAACAAGACAUUUGUGGAGUGGUUGAAAAACGAGUUUUAAUGACUCCAACCUAAGUGUAUGUAAACUGUACUUACACACUACACCCCUAUUCACUUUUACAAUACCUGUCUAACCCUCACACAAAACCACCUCCACAUCCCCUUCUACCCACACUAUACACGUACACUCGCAGGCCUAUCCCCUUACCCACUAUCCCCUCUCUCUUAGGCAUGUGGAGGAGUUCAGUCCCAGGGCUGUGUAUACCAGUGGGAAGGCCAGCAGUGCAGCAGGUUUAACAGCAGCCGUGGUUCGAGACGAGGAGUCACAUGAGUUCGUCAUCGAGGCCGGAGCUCUCAUGCUCGCUGACAACGUGAGUGUGUGUGUGUGUGAGCUGAGGAUGGGGUGUGUGUGUGUUUGUAUUUCAGUUUGUGUUUUGUGCUUAAAGUGGGAUGUGCGUCUCUUUGUCGACAGGGUGUGUGUUGUAUCGAUGAGUUUGACAAGAUGGAGACGAGGGACCAAGUGGCCAUCCAUGAGGCCAUGGAGCAACAGACCAUCUCCAUCACUAAAGCUGGAGUCAAGGUAGACCCUCACACACAGUCACUAAAGUAGAAUUGAACACACACACACGCUCCCUCUGACCUCCGUCCCUCUCCUCCAGGCCACUCUGAAUGCCCGUACGUCCAUCCUGGCGGCUGCUAACCCGGUCGGUGGUCGCUACGACCGCAGCAAGAGUCUGAAACAGAACGUCAACCUGUCCGCUCCCAUCAUGAGCCGCUUCGACCUCUUCUUCAUCCUUGUGGACGACUGCAAUGAGGUGUGUGUUUGUGUGUAAGAGGGAACAUUUGUGGGUGUAUGUGACAAAUGGUGUGUGUGUGUGUGUGUGUGUGUAUAAUUACUAAUGGAAAUAUAUGUGUGUGUGUGUAGGUGACAGACUAUGCCAUAGCCAGGCGCAUCGUGGAUCUGCACUCUCGCAUUGAGAACUCAGUUAACAGACUCUACUCUCUGGAUGAGAUCAGACGAUACCUGCUCUUCGCCCGACAGUUCAAACCCAAGGUAAAUGAAAUGUGUGUGCUUCAAGGAUUGUCACACUGUCACACUGAGUACAUUUACAUGCACACUAAUCAUUUGAUACUAAACUGAUUAUGGCAAUAGGCCGAAUAUGGCAUUAGUCAUGUAAACACCUUACUCUGAUUAUCAUAUGAUGCAUUUUUCAUCAUCAUGCUGGUGACACUUUGCUUCUUGAAUGUCCAAUAUCUUGAAAACAUGACUGCUGACAUCAUUUUGGGACUGUAUCAACUGUGAACGAAUGAAAAAAAGACCCACUGUUUUUGAUUUUCCCUUUAAUCGGCGUCCGGUCAUAAUUGAAGUAAGCAUACGCUGAUUAAAACACCUAGAUUUUUAAGCAAUCUUUUGAAAUAUUAGGACAUGUAAUCACCUUAAUCGGAGUUCCAGCGGUGUAUUGGAUCUGCGCAUGUGCUAGCGCGAGCCUCUCAUUUGCGCCAGUGAAGUGAGUUCGGAAAAUGUAGCCUGAUUUCAGAUGCGUCCUUCUUCUUGCAAAGCAUGUAAAUGUUUUAAUUGAAGUAUUAUAUUAAUCUGAGUAUUCACAAUAAUCGUAUUAUUGAAUGCAUGUAAACAUAUCCAAUGUCUGUUUUCUGUGCCGUGAUAGAUAAGGCUUAUGCCCAAUUCCAAUGGAGCAGUACUAAUGUGGGUUAAUUUGUGUUUUUGCAUAGAUCUCUGGUGAGUCAGAGGAGUUCAUCGUGGAGCAGUACAAACGGCUGCGUCAGCGCGACGGCUCUGGGGGCGUGGCCAAGUCGGCCUGGCGAAUCACAGUGCGGCAGCUGGAGAGCAUGAUCCGCCUCUCUGAGGGCAUGGCCCGCAUGCACUGCUGUGAUGAGGUUAGAUGUCACACAACUUAUAUUUAACGUACACACAACUUAUGGUUGUGUGUACGGUGGUUCUCUGUAGCUCAGCUGGUAGAGCACGGCGCUUGUAACGCCAAGGUAGUGGGUUCGAUCCCCGGGACCACCCAUACACAAAAAAAAAAUGUAUGCACGCAUGACUGUAAGUCGCUUUGGAUAAAAGCGUCUGCUAAAUGGCAUAUUAUUAUUAUUAUUAUAUUAUACCCAACGUACACAUAACUUAUAUGCACAAUGCUCGCACAACUGCUUUCUGCUCCCAAAACCUGUGUUUCGAGUUUGGUUCUGUCCUGAAGGAUUGAUCAAGUUUGCUCUGUUGGUUUGUCAUAGAUUGUGUGCUAAUAAAGUGUUUAGGGUGUUCUGUCAUAAAGUGUGUGUUAUUUGUUGUUCCCUGCAGGUCCAGCCUAAGCACGUGAAGGAGGCAUUCCGCCUGCUGAAUAAGUCCAUCAUCAGAGUGGAGACACCAGACAUCAAUCUGGAACAGGACCAGGAGAUGGAGGAAGAGGAGGGCGAGAACGGUACAUACUCACACACAACCACACAACAAAUAGUACUACUGCAGCUUUACUCCAGAUAUUUACAUGUACUGAAACCUCUCUGUCCUCUCUGCAGGUCAUGACGUUCCUGACGGAGUGAAUGGAGUAAAUGGCCAGGUGAACGGGCACGUUGAUGGAAUGAACAGCCACUCCAACGGAACUAACCAGCCACACCAACGUUGUGAACGCCCACUCUGACAGCAGCUCCAAGCCGUCGCUGCGUCUGACCUUCCCAGAGUACCGCCGCAUCUCCAACCUGCUGGUGCUGCAUCUCCGCAGGGCCGAAGAGGGUAAGGCACACAAACACACACACACACAUUCUACAUGUGGACAGUGUGUUAUGCAGUGGUUAACUGUUUACCUGUGUGUGCAGCUGAGGAGGAAGAGGAGUUGAAGAAGACUGCAGUAAUCAACUGGUAUCUGAAGGAGAUGGAGUCAGAGAUUGACUCAGAAGAGGAACUCAUCAACAAGAAGAGCCUGAUAGAGAAAGUCCUACACCGACUAGUGCACUACGUAAGUACACACACACACACACACACACACACACACACACACACACACAUACCCAUUGCACCAUUGAGUCAGAGUAAUAACACCUUUACAAGCCUUAUGUCGAACAGACAUCUUCACUAACUCUCUCGUUUUUCUUCUCUCUCUCCAUCUCUAGGAUCAUAUCCUGAUAGAGCUGUCUCAGGGGGGGCUGAAAGGGUCAGAGACAGAGGCACAGGAAGAAGUUCUGGUCGUCAACCCCAACUACACUCUGGAGGACUAGACUCAUCUCAUGAGUCUGGUGGUCAACUCCCUCCCUAGCCCUUCCCCCCUCCUUCCCAAUCGCCUCUCUCUUUCUAUGGCUUUUACGUUGGACUCCCAAUUCAAGACUGUUUUUAUUGAAUGUUGGUCAGUGUAAUUACAUUCUCAGCUUUUGUCAUGUUUAAUUUUAUUCCUGCUUUAUAGAGUUUUUAUCGACUCUGGCCUGUUUUAAACCUUUUAUUUGUAUUAUUGUAGACAGGUGAAUAAUGUAAAUAUGUUGCUCUGAUUUCUCCAGAGCAUUAACUGGCAUAUGGCUGUUUGUGGGUCUCCUCAGUUAACAUGAUGUUAAUCCUCUGACUAGUGUGGUUUUACUUCCUAUGUUAAAUGUAUAUAUGUAUAAAAUAAUACACACAAAUUAAAAGUCUAGCUUAUUAUGCAUAUUUUUUGUAUAAAAAAUAGAAAUAACUGUUGUAGCAUGUGGAAAAAUGCUUCCCCAAAAAACGAAGAAUAAUCAAAUGUGUGGUGCUGUUAAUGCCCUCCCUGUGGCCAGUGAUGUUUCAGGGA